AUGCGGGCUGCAUUCAUCCUUUCCUUCCUCCUGGCCAGCUCUACAGCCUUGCCAACUGCGUCAAUUGAUGAGCGAGCCGUCGCAGCCCAAGAUGCCAAUCUACUACAAGCCCGGGACCUUCUCAACCGUAAUGACCUUGAGAAUGGUGAUUCCUCCAAUUGUCCUACAGCAAUCCUCAUCUAUGCGCGUGGUAGUACAGAACCUGGCAACCUUGGAAUCACCGUAGGGCCCAUCCUCGCCGAGGCCAUGCAGCUUGCCAUCCCUGAUAUCUGGAUACAAGGUGUUGGUGGACCGUACAAAGCUGAUCUUGCACCAAACUUCCUUCCCGAAGGGACGACCGAUGCCUCCAUCGAUGAAGCUAAGAGACUGUUCCAGAUGGCCUACACCAAGUGCCCAGAUACGCCCGUCGUGACGGCUGGAUAUAGUCAAGGAACGGUUGUCGUCGGAUAUGCACUAAGCGAGCUCGAUGGCGCGGUCCAGAAUCAGGUUGUUGGAGCUGCCUUGUUUGGGUAUACCAAGAACGAGCAGCUCGGGGGUCGCAUUCCGAACUAUCCUACUGAUAGAACCAAGAUCUUCUGUCUCCCUACUGAUCUGGUUUGCGACGGGACAUUGUUUAUCCUGCCUGCCCAUUUUCUGUACGGCGCUGAUGCAGCGGUUCCAGGUCCGGAAUUUCUGGUCGGACAGAUUCAAAAGUAG